CAUAAAUUAUUUGAAUGUUUUUGUCAAUUAUUUGAUUUAAUAAAUAAUUUGAAAGAAAAUCUAGAAAAAGUUAUUAAAAAGACGAGACCUAAUAUUUUAUAUUGUUUGGACUCUAGAUUAAUUAUUGUGUUGUUUGAAAACAUAUAUAAUAGUAUAAUAUUGUUUUCAUAAUUACGUUAUAAUAGAUGGGUUUACUUAAUUUAAAAUUCUACAAAAAAAAGAAGGUUGAGUUCAAAGGAAUGAUCUGUUUUAAUUCAAAUAAAUCAUUAGACAAUAAAGUAUGUACAUGGAAUUAUACUGUCUUACUUUUAUACUACUUGCUUUUUUUUUUUUUCUGUAAGAUCAAUAAAUUAACUUAUUUGAAUACAAUAUAGAAUGCUAAGUCGUCUCCUACAAAACUAGAAUCCUACUCACUAAGGAAUUAUUUGUCUUAGAAUUGGCCGGACUUUGAAAUUGUAUUUGAUUCUUAUCUCUUGUCAGUUAUUAUAUUUGAUUGCUUAUUAGGACUUAGUCUAGAUGUGAAUUUGAAGAAAAAAAGUCAACACACAAAACUUUUACUAUACAUAGAAAGGUACACAGAUCAAUCAUUAUUCAUCACGUCUCAUACUUCAAAGUUAAACACAUUUUUCAUCUUAUAAGAAACCCCCAAAUGAGGAACAAGAGAGUCUUCUUCUUCUUCUUCUUCUUCUUCUUCUUCUUCUUCUUCUUCUCUGUGUGUUUUUUAUGGAACUUGGUAGAGGACAGAACCACAGAAGAACCGAAGUCAAUGUGGGUGCUGUAACUGAUGUCGGGAUUACACACUCGGAGGUUGCCAUGCUAUGUGUCAAUUUGUCUCUUUCCGAUUUUUAUUCUUCUCGUCCUGAGUUUCAGACAAGGCUUGUUGUCAACGUCGGUGAAUAUUUCUGAACUUGAAGCUCUUGGUUCAUCACAAUUAGGUCCAAAGCUUCUCCAGACACUAUCAAGAGUUCAAUUCAAAGGACUUGCAGGAGAUUUCCGUUUUAUGAAUGGACAACUUCAACCAUCAGUGUUUGAGAUUAUUAAUGUGGUCGGAACGGGAGAAAGGUCAAUAGGAUUCUGGACAGAGGAAAAUGGUCUUGUCAAGAAAAUAGACCAAAAACCGCAAAGUGUGGAAGCUUUAUCUACUUGGAAAGAUUAUCUUAAAUACAUUAUAUGGCCUGGAGAGGCUGAUUCUGCUCCCAAAGGAUGGGAGAUUCCGACUAAUGGGAAGAAGUUGCGCAUAGGAGUUCCAAAGAGAACCGGUUACACUGAUCUUGUGAAGGUCACAAGAGAUCCUAUCACCAAUUCAACGGUAGUCACAGGUUUCUGCAUAGAAUUCUUUGAGGCUGUGAUUCGAGCAAUGCCUUAUGACGUCUCCUAUGAGUUCAUACCUUUUGAGAAAGGCAAUGGUGAAGCAGCCGGCAAUUACAACGACUUGGUCCACCAAGUGUACCUUGGGGUUAGUAAGAUUAUUAUAUAAUCUUCCCUUAAAAGGGCAGUUACAAAAAAUAUCUUAGUGACUCUUCCUUCUUCUCUCUAUUGUAGAGAUAUGAUGCGGUUGUGGGAGAUACAACAAUACUGGCAAACAGGUCCUCUUAUGUCGAUUUUACACUCCCUUUCAUUAAAUCAGGUGUGGGAUUGAUUGUACCAAUGGAUGACCUAGUGAAGAGAGAUCACUUCAGCUUCUUGAAACCUUUGUCAUGGAAACUAUGGGUUACUUCCUUUGUCUUUUUCUUCUUUAUUGGCUUUACUGUUUGGGUUGUUGAGCAUAGGGUUAAUCCUGACUUUCAAGGACCGAAAAGAUACCAAGCUAGUACCAUAUUCUGGUUUGCUUUCUCUACCAUGGUUUUUGCUCCAAGUAAUCAAUCUUUCCUUCCUAUUGACAUGUUUGUUUUUUGUAUUUAAUGCAACAUUUAGAUGUAGCAUCUGAAUACAAUAUCUUGAUAUUGUAUCAAAAUGUUGUUCAUUUUUAUAGAUGCUAAGCUUUUAAAAAAAUAAUUAUAACAACAUUUGAAUACUAAUUAAUAGUUAAAAACUAAAAAUUUAUGAUUUUAUUCUCAAUAAUGAACUAAUUAUAUUUUUAGCGGAAACUUAAUUUUUCGGUUUUGGCGAAAAAACACAAUUUACAGAUUUGGUGAAAAGACGAUUUUUUUUGUUUGGCGGAAAAUGAAUUUCGCAGUUUUGGUGAGAAAAAUCAAUUUUGUGGUUUCGGUGAAAAGGUAAUUUUACUGUUUCAGUAAAAAAUUUGAUUUUGUGAUUUUGGCGAAAAAACAUUAUUUUGAGAUUUGGUGGAAAACACAAUUUUCCGUUUUUAAUGCAAAAUUCAGUUUUGUCGUUUUGGUGGGAAAAUGUUAUUUUACAGUUUUUGCGGCAAAACGUUAUUUUAUAAUUUUUUCGGAAAACAUAAUUUUGCGAUUUUGGGGGAUAAUGUAAUUUUGAGGUUUUAGCGGAAAAAAUGAAAUUUUACGGUUUUGGUAAGAAAAUGUAUUUUAUAGUUUUGUCAGUGGUUUUGGUGAAAAAUGCGAUUUUGCAUUUUCGGCAGGAAAACACGGUUUUGGAGUCUUGGUGAGAAACUCAAUUUUGCGUUUUUCUCGUUUUGACUACAAACUGUGAUUUUGUGGUUUUGGUGGAAACAUGUUUGCGGUUUUACGGGAAAAUGUGAUUAUAUGGUUUUGGCGGAAAGAUCUGUUAUGCGGUUUGGCAGGAAGAUCAAUUUUUUUUUUGUUUACGCGAAAUGUAGUUUUGUGAUUUUGGUGGGAAAACUGAUUUUACACUUUUAACUGAAAAAAUCAAUUUCAGAAUUUUUGCAAAAAAACAAUCUUAUGGUUAUAGGUAAACAUAAUUUUACUAUUUUAAAAAUAUUCUAAAAAUAAUAAUUAAUAUAAACUAGCUAUUUUUAUGUUUAUAUUGAAGGGUAUUUAAGUCUUUUGGAUUUUGUGAUGCAAAUGUUGCAUUCAAAACUCUAUAGUUUCUGGAAUCUCAAAUAUUUAUAUUUGCUAAAUGUUGUUGAUGUAUAUCCAAAUACAUUAUCAAUAUGCUAGUGUAUUCGCAUCCAUAUGCAGAAUAAGAAAUUGCCACAAAUACCACAUUUAUAGUACCGCUUUUCAUGUU